UUUUAUUUACUUGCUAAAUAAUUGGAUUUUUUUCUUUAAAACUUCAACGCAGUUCAUGGAUUUUAGAGAAACACUACAGCGUUUUUCUUUAAUUGCCCUCUUAACGUUCUCUUCUGUGCAGUUCAUUUCAGGUCAAUGCACUGGGUCAAAUUGUUGCGGGCAUGGUUGCUGCGCUGGAUUUAUGCUUGAUUUAAAUACAAGCUCUUGUAUUCCCUGUGACACCGGUUACAUUGGGAAACAUUGUGAGAUACUUUGUCCAUUUCCAAUGUUUGGAGAUGGUUGCCAGUUCCGAUGUGACUGUGACAAUUCCUCUUGCAGUCCUUUGAUCGGUUGCCGAUCCGCCUCUACUACCUUACAGGAUGAAAGAAUGCUGACGAACCAGAAUGAUUUAACUUUAAAUGUAUCUCCACCACCUACUACAGAAAGUAAUAUUAAAGUUAAUACAAGUUCUGCUAAAAUCAGAGAAAUAGUGAUAGAAGGACAAACAAAUGAAUAUCAUACGAGGAUCAGAAUCCCUCACUCUCUUGUGACAAACACAAAGGAAGUUCCCAGGAAAGGGGAAAAAGACACAGACUCAUUAGCUAUCGGUGCAGGAAGUGCAUUAUUGAUAGGUAUUUUUGCGUUUAACGCUUUCUUUGUCAUCAUAGUAUUUACCCUUGUGCUGUAUUGUGGUUGUCGUAAAUAUAGAAAGUACAGAAAACGCAAGAAAGAUAACUCCGCCACUGUUAUUCAUUACCAUGAAAUCGAUGACAGUAUCGCUGGGCCUUGCAUGGAUUACGACCCUUUGUACACUGCAGGUGUCGCGGAGAUGAAACACGUCCUUGUUGAAUAUGAGAAUGAACCUUUGAACAGGGAGAGAAAGAGUGUAAUAAACAUUGAUUCACGGAAAAGACAGUCCGAUACGUCCCCAAAACAAUUAGCACGUCCAAGUGAGCUUGUAUUAGAUCAAACGCAUAUACAGGAAGGAUAGAAUACGGAAUAGAAAAAUAGAAAAGAUUAUUAUGCGCGUAUUUAUAUAUCUGCAUGGACUGCAUCUGAUAGUAAAAGGCAAUUUUCAGAUUUUAACUGUAUAUUUUUGAUUUUAUUGAUUUUUUAAAUAUAUUGUAAACAUCAACAAACAUUUUAUUUUUCGUCCUUUUCUAUGUUCAUGUAUAAUGUAAAUAGUGAGCACAUCACAUGUGUAUAUGUAUAUUGAUGAAACUAUGUUAUUAUUAUAAUGCCCAAACUUAUGAUUGUUUUCUAUUAAAAUAGUCUUGCUUGAUAACAGAGAUAUGUUAUAUACCUUUGUUCUCUGUAUACGAGGGGUGAUCAAAAAGUUCACGAACUAUCUCUAUAUCUACAAAACCACAAUUCAUAUUAGAAUGAAAUUCGGUACACGCAUAGCCAUGCACAAGGUCUAUAAAUAGCAUAUGCUAAAUAAAGUUUUUCUCUUUGUUUGUGACGUCACAAUGUGAAAAUGACGUCACUAUGUAGCUCACUUGUGACAAAAAAUGGUUGUCUCAGUCGAACUCGAUCAACAAA